CUAAUUAUCCCUAGGAAUUCAACAAUGCUGUCCUCAGGGACCUACUGGGGCCAAUUCGAGGAGAUCGGAAAGUACAACGCGGAGCUCAAUGUCGCGGAGAGGUUAUGGGCGGCCUGGUACGCCUGGAUGCAAAAUGAUGUCUUGGCUACCGGUAUCAUGUCCUUCGUGAUGCAUGAAAUGGUUUACUUCGGCCGGUCGCUGCCUUGGAUUUUCAUCGACACAUGGGGCUUGUUCAAUCGCUACAAGAUUCAGGGUAACAAAAUGCCCUCGUUGAAGGAGCAAUGGGAUUGCGCCAAGUUUGUGCUUCUUAGUCAUUUCACUGUCGAACUGCCUCAGAUCUGGCUCUUCCACCCAAUGGCACAGUUUUGCGGACUAUCUACCUCGAUCCCCUUCCCCACCUUCUGGACCAUGGCCUACCAGAUCGCCAUUUUCUUUGUGAUGGAAGAUACCUGGCACUACUUUUCUCACCGGGCUCUGCAUUGGGGUCCUCUGUACAAGGCCAUUCACAAGAUUCACCACCAGUACUCGGCUCCUUUCGGUCUGGCAGCGGAGUAUGCUUCUCCGAUCGAGGUCAUGAUUCUGGGCUUCGGUACGGUCGGUUGCCCUAUUCUUUGGUGUGCCUUCACGGGAGAUCUGCACAUCCUCACCAUGUACAUCUGGAUCGUGCUGCGCCUCUUCCAAGCUAUUGACGCCCACAGCGGAUAUGAAUUCCCAUGGAGCUUGCACCACUUCCUCCCCUUCUGGGCAGGUGCCGAUCACCAUGAUCUUCACCAUGAGAAGUUCAUUGGCAAUUAUUCUAGCAGUUUCCGCUGGUGGGACUAUUGUCUCGACACCGAGUACACUCCAGAUGCGCUGAAGCGACGUCGGGAAAACAAGGCCAAGGGCACCAAGGCGCAGUGA